CUAGCUGAUCUGCCUCCGCAAGUCCUGAAAGAGGAGCUCGAAUUCAGCCUCAAGACAUGUGAGCUCUAUCCACGGAACUACUACGGCUGGUUCCAUCGCAAAUGGUUAUUCUACCAACUCGUCCACUCGGCCGAUCGAUCGUCGUCAAUGAUGUCAUCAUCAAUGAGGGAAGAGGAAAUCGAGGCCGAACGGGUCCGGAUCUUAGGCUUCAUUCGACUCCAUCCACGCGACCACUCCGCCGCCAACUACGUCACCUUCCUGCUCUCCUGCGCUCCGCUUCCCUCCGUCCCGUCGGUACCCCAUCCAAACCAGCAGCCUGAGCCCCUCGACUCAGUCAGUCCGUUCAUCCGCGACUGCUAUGCCGCCUUCGCUCAGUACCCUCACUUCGAAUCCUCCUGGUCGUUCCUCAAGUUCCUCGCCCUCUCGAACACGCUUUCCCUCACCCAAUCCUUGACUCUCAUCCAGUCCACUCCGAUCGUACUCAAUCUCCGCAACGCUAUCCUUGCUGCCCCUGCCAUCCCGACUCCCCCCUCGCCCAAGUCCUCUCGUCAUCCCGAACACGUCCUCUCCUCGUCUAAAAUCACUCUGGCUGACCUCCAUGCAGAUACGCUUCGUCACUCCCAAACUCUGUGUCUCCGGACUCUCUACUUCUUAGGCUCUCAUUUCAAAUGGAUCCAAUGGACAGACGAGAUGGCUCUCUUUCUCCUCAAAUUAACCACCCACCAUCAUCCUUCCUCUUCUUCGUCAUGUUUCAUUAACAGCAUAUUUACCUCUGAUUCUGAUUCGAUCCAUCUUCUUGACUCUUUAAAAACUCUCAUCAAUCGCUUUCUUCCUUGAGUUCUUCUAUCGUCAUUAUCCUAUUUUUUUUCGCAGUUC